UCAAAUCACAGGAACGCAGAAAAAAUUUGGUUGUUGCAUGAAAAGUAAUAGAAUUAAGCGAAUUAAAGCAUUUUACGUCGAUUAAAAUAUUAUUUAUAUAGCACAAUACCGCAGCAUGAAGUGCAAUAAAUAGUGCAAGCAUUAAAUAACAAAUAAGAAACAGCGUCGCCACGUUUGCUGCGCUCGCUUACUGCGAAUUUAUUUUGGUGUUUGGUUUUGUUUCAAUUAAUUUUCUUGGCACAGAAAGUUUAUUUACGAAAUGAAUAUCUUGGACUUACCGGACACAGUGUUGAUGGACAUAUUGGAACUGCUCACGUACGAUGAGGUAGCCAGGAAACGAGAGAUUUGCGUUCGCUUCAAUUACAUUUGCCAACAGGUGUUGAAUACGGGAUUUAAUAAGGUUGUGCAGGAGCAUGCCAAGAAUUUUAAACGCAUCAAGUCGCUUCUACCACGUCGCGAAUCGGAACGACGUAAUCACAUGCUAGCGCGCCACUCCGACAUCCUGACCUCCAUCGAGACGCGUAUUUCUAUGCUGACAAUGACUUACUCAAAGUUUAUAGAUCUUAAUGUAUGUUGCUUUAUACCUGGUCGCGUGCUAGACGAGAUCAUCAGCAUAUUGAAACUGUUGGCCAGCACAACGAAACCUCUGCGUCCCCAUGAAGUAUUGCAAGAGCUGCGCGAUAUCUCAUCGAUGGCUAUUGAGCAUUUUGAUGAAAAGAUUGCCGUCAACUUUAAAUUGGCCAUGAAACUAAACGAAUCUUCAGGCUCGGGAAGCGGACGUGUCGUUGUCUGCGGUUCCCUGGGUGACAUUAGCUUCAACGGUGUAAAAGUAGCUCCAAUGAAGAAGGCUCCAGUGCAACAACAACAGUCGCAAUGCCAAAAUACAAUCUGCAUCAAAACCAAAACCGAUGCCUUGUUUCAACAGGCACUUUUAUUGGCCAAAUCACUGCCCACCAGUGCAGCAGGCACCGAUGGCAACCAGUGCACUUGUGAUCGCGAUCUAUCCAAGCAGUUGCAGAGACAAUGGCAAACACAGAAAUUACUGACGUCACGAAUACGGUUCCUUGAAGUAUCACGCAGGGGACAAGAGCGUCGUUUGCAGGAAGCAGUGGGCAGCAUUACAGAACUUACCACACAGGUGUCGGAGUUGAAGCGUCAACUCGAGGAUGUGUUGGCCAAGGGCAAAAGCUUGGAGGCGUCUCCCAGUACCGCUGUUAAACGCUCAGCGGUCGCCUCAGACUGUCUGCCGCCUAGCAAGAAACCAAAAGCUUAGUGUUUUCUCAUGUAGGUGAAGAUUACUGUAAUGUAUGAUCUUAGGUUAAAUAGUGUACUUAGUAUUGAAUCAUAUAGAUUAAGAUCACAAGUCUCGAUAAUUAUUUCUCAAUGAAUACUGCCGCAUUACAAUAUUUUCAAAUAUAUAUGCAUGUAUAAAUAAAAAA